CUCUUCUCCGAGAAUAAACAUGCUUUGCACUAUAGGUGAGCCAUGCAGGACAAUUUCAUAGCUCUGGGAAAGGCUAUUAGGGAAAUUGAAAGAUAAUUACGUAUCAGGAUACCAAGCGCCUAAACUUCCCCUAAUGGCGAGAAGACCGUCAGCACGUCCUCUGGAACUCCGUCGGCUAAACCAUCCUCGAGCCAACAAUACGUCACGGGUCCUCAGCUUAGGUAGCAACGAUCCAGACUCCAGAGGGGGGCAAUUGGUACACUCAAAGUUGAGAUUUUCGAUGGGAUCAAAAGAGCAGAAUUUCGCCAAUUGCCAGCAUCCACGCGGUUGACAAAGACCCUGAGUGGUCAAUGGAUGCAGUGGCGGGCUUAGCUCGGG